CUCCCGACUCAUCAGGAAUUGUAGACCAGCGAGAUCACUGAUAUGCUGCGCGUCUCCUGUUUGUAUUCCCGCCCUCGGGAGAUGGGAAAUAUACUCGCACAUAUAAACAUUCAUGUCGCAACACUCAAAUGAAUAUGAAGCGUGAGGUCGGCCCCCUGGAUCACCGCAGGAGACGGACGCGUUGUCAGCCAUGCGUCAGAAGGCGUAUCAAGUGUCAAGGUGGUUCUCCCUGCGAGUACUGUACUCGAACCAAGAAAAAGUGCCUACCUCAAACCAUCUCGGCGACCGGAGUGCACUUCAUCAGCUCCGAAUCCUGUGAAGAAACCAUGCAAGUCGCUGGACUGUCGACACAAAUCAAUAUACACAGCGAUAUCCCCUACCUCGACUAUUUUGAUCUAUUCAUGAAACGUUGUCUGUUCACAGACGAGUUCAAUGGCUUGGCUGCCGACCUCUUACCCCUGGCCCAAACAUGCUUGCCACUCGGGCAAGUGCUCACAGCGAUCGGCGCACUUGAAGCCAGCCGGCGAGCAACCGUGAAGUCCUCUCGUGGGCAGCAGUCACCUUACACCGUUGCCUUUGCGUCGUACGGGGAAUCCAUCAAGACGCUCCGAGCUCGACUGCAGGUACCAGACGCAUUCCGCUGCGGUGGAGUUCUCUGGUGUACGCUACUUCUCGGGCUAUUCGAGUUGAUGAUUGAAACUUCUGGAGACCGGUGGGCUAAGCACAUGCUCUACGGGACAGCUAGGAUCAUCCAGAGUGUAGCAGCAACGAGACGGUCGUGCCAACUUGACAGGAGACUCUUCGGAGCAUUUAGAUCGCUCGAGGCCAACAGAGCUAUUAUGUACGGAGAAGAUACGUUUUUGUCGCAGGAGCCGUGGUCAAAGUCUCGACGAGAGCUUGUCGCAAACCCGGCAAGUCAAGUAGAGACAACCUUCGACCUCCUGAUCGAAAUCUCUUCCUUUAGUAAAGCGUUCUUUGACCGAAUCGAGUCAAUUCCGGAGGCACUACGACCUGGGCACCCGGCGAUGCAGGCUCUAGCUGAGGAAGGUCGGUGUUUCCAGCAGCGAUUUCGCAGCUGGCACGACCAGAUGAUACUGCAUGAUGAUCACCAUGAUCCGUAUUGCAUGCUAGCUUUAUCAAACUACAAUGCUCUCCAGCUGUUUUUGUCGAUGAACUAUACCUUCUAUACAUGUUGGGAGGAGCAAGAUAUUCCCUCGCUGAGAGCACAUGAAGUCGAGGCUCACGUAACCGCUGUGGUAGCUCUGUCCAACCAGAUCCUCGAACAUUCAAACAUGCCGGGAGUGUUACUUCUGUUCCCUCUCCGAAUGGCCGGGGCAAACACAAGUCAGUCUUCGCAAAAGGAAGAGACUGUGAGAUUGCUUGACAGAAUAGCACAAAAAGGGUUUGCAGUCUCGGGAAGAAUCAAAAGGGAUUUGCAGGAGUUGUGGGAAUACCGGCACGCAGAAAGAGUACGAGACGAUAUUUCAAAGCAGGAGUCUCUCUGCAUCGAGAAAUAAGUUACAGGACGAAUGUAAAGUACAACAAGCCGACCUUGCUUGACACGAGUAUUUGAGCACCAGGUAAACCUGGUUCAAACCUCACUUCGCCAG